UCCCAUGACUUGCUAGAUAGGGGUUACUAUGCUGUUUCUCAAACCUGGUGCCCUCAAGCUUCUUUGGGGAAAUAACAGUUGCUGAGCAAAUUAAUUUCUCUCUAGAUCUGUAAGAUGCCCUUUAACUGAAGAAUGAAGGCAGUCUUGUAAAACACUUCUUAAAAUCCCCUAUCAUGGGCUUUGUCUCUGGUAACUUAACCCUGUCCUGCCCCAGCUCCCCCGCCCUUACAGGAAAAGUUCUCUACCACUUCUCUGCCUCGGAAGGCUGAUAGCCAGCUUCACAAGCUUCUGCUUGUGCCAGCUUUGAGCUCAGCAUCCCUGGGAUCUUGCUUUGAUAAGAGCAACGAACGAGGUUGUGUUUUAGCUGCUUUCCUGACCCUCAGGCACGACCACCAGGAGGUCAGAAUACAUCCGACAAGCACAAUGAGCGCAUUUCCUCUCCGUCCCCCGUGCCCUCAGUACAAAACCAUCUGGGAAGCUAACGGGGGAGACGGGAGGGACCUGGGGCAGCGAACUGCCGCCUCCCGGGGAAUGGCUCGGGUCCUAGGGCUGGCUCCGGUGGUUGGAAGGAGGAGAGAAACCACCCAAGAGGAAAGGGAACCCGCUCCGGCCAGGCUGGGCGGGCUCGGCACGGAGCCGAGCGGAGCCGCCGCGGGACGCCCCGACACCGCCGCUCUGCGCCGAGCUCCGCAGGUUACGGCAGCCCUGGCCCGGCCCAGAGAGUGUUGGUGGGUGAGGAUGGAGUGAGAAGAGGGAGGUCUUUGCUUGCUGGUAUGUCUGCAACGCUGACAGACCCAUGGUGUGAUUUAAGGGCUUUCCCAUAGGAGAAGCAGCAGUUUAACUCUGUCCUGAUCACUUCAAAGCUGAUUAUUUCUGGCCUCUUGAACUUUUAUGAUCAUUUUAUUAGACUUCCUGGCUGUGCCUCAGUGGUGGGUGACUGAAUCUAGCCUUCUCUGCAUCACGGUGAUAGUAAUGUGAAGUUUAAUGAGCACCUGCAAAUUCGUGUAGCAGGUAAGAACUGCCAUGCCCGUGGGAAUCUUCCGGGUGUGCCUAGUGGUGAUUACAGCUAUCGUCAACCACCCGCUCCUCUUCCCUAAAGAGAAUGGCACUGUCCCUGAGAACGUGGAAGAAAUCAUCCAGAAGAUGAAGGAGCGGGAGGUGAGCCUUCGGCUGGAGCAGUUGCGCUUGGAGCAGGAGAUUGCAGACCAGGAAGCCACACAGAAGGCUGUGGAAAAUGCUGCAGAGGUAGUAGAGGGAAGUAAAGAGGAAAAGGUCCGAUGGGAUAUGUGGACUGCCCUUUCCAUGGUCAUCUUCCUGUUGAUCGAGCUCUGGAGGCAGGAUUUCCAGGAAGGGUAUUGGCAGGACACAGGAGGAGAAGAGGAUGACAUGGCUGUCCUGGGGAGAGCAUUUAAAGGAGUGUCCUUCCCUGACAAGGCCGUCCUGGCCAGCUUCUAUGAAAAGCGCAUCCUGGGUACCACUGGAGACGUGGCCAGGAUGCGGGAGAUGGUGGAAGGCUUUGCAGAUGACCUGCUGGAGGCCUUGAGGAGUGUUUGUAACCGGGAUGCUGACAUGGAAGUGGAAGACUGCAUGGGUGUGGGGAGCAUGUAUGAGAACUGGAGAGUGCGUAAACCUUUUGUCUGUGAUCUGAUAGUGCCUUUUGCUCCCCCAGAGCCAUACUGUUUUCAGUGCCAGGCCUGGUGCUCCAGCGACUCUUCUCCCCCAGAUGAGCAAGGUUAUGGCACUAUCAAGGUAUGCAGGGCAGAUGAGGACGUGACAGGUUGCAUCUGUGACAAGACUAAACUAGGGGAAGAUAUGCUGUGCCUCCUCCAUAGCCAAACCAAUAUUACAAGGCCUAGUAGUGAGAUGGAAGACCUCCUAUGCUUUAAAAACACUCAAUAUCUGGAUGCUGAUCAAGUCAUGAAGUGGUUCCAGAUCGCAGUCACCAAGGCCUGGAACAGAAUCUCUCACAAGUAUGAAUUUGACCUUUCUUUCAGCCUUCUGGACUCGCCAGGAGCCCUGAAGAUCAAAUUUAGAUCAGGGAAAUCGAUUGCCUUCAACCUUACCCCUGUGGUGCAGUACGAGAACUCUGACGUGUACUUCAUCUCUCACUUCCCUCGGGGUGGCCUGGCAGCCGAGCUCCCCUCCAGCACUCACUGGUUCCUCACCUUUGCAGUGUAUGAGAGGAGGUUCAUCCAGCUCAUCUCCAAAGCGCUGCCUGCCAACGCCUGCCAUGUCAGCUGCCUGCAGAUCCUCUCCUUUGUCCAUGGGAAGCAGUGCAGCCUCACAGGUCCAAGCGGGCUCAGCAACUACCACCUGAAGACGGUGAUGCUGCAUCUGCUGCAGGCACGUCCCAGUCAGGACUGGGCCCCAGAAAAGCUGGAGGCCCGUCUACAGGACAUGCUGAAAUACCUGGAGAAAUGCUUGCACGAAAAGAAGCUCUACCACUUCUUCAUUGGCAAUGGGAAGGUACCAGCAGAGCUGGGCUUCCCCAUCAUAUUCCAGAGGGCUGAACCUCUGAACCUUUUCCGUCCCUUUGUGCUACACAGGGACGUUUACAGGAAGACAGUGGACACGUUCCAUGAGAUGCUCAGGAACAUGUCUGCACUGAUAAAUGAGUACGCGGUGCACAUUCCCCUUGCGCACACCAACGGGAUCCAUAAAGAAUCCCUUUAACCAAAGCCAGCGGGAGAACACUUGUUCCUCUAAGCACAAGUCCAGAGGGCAGCUUUCCGAAGCCUCCUGGACACAGCUGACUUUGCCAGUACAGCUUCUUGUCUGCAGCUGAACCAGUCCUGGGCGAUGGUUUCUGCAGUAAGGGAGAGGGGAUGGGGGAAGGAUAGGGAAAACUGGAAGAUGUGCUAUAAAAGUAAGGUUCUGCUCCACUGGUGCGCUGGCUGGGUUUGAUGCAGCUGAGAAUAUAUUUCUCUAUUGUGCCUCAGUCACGCUGCAGUGGUGGUGAGCAGCAAAUAUGACUAAUUUAUUCAGAUGCCUGCAAUGCAAACUGUGGUGGUGGUGGCCAAAUACUUCAUUUCCUUUGGAAAGGGGAGAUAAGAAAAGGGUGGAGGAAUCAGAAACAGGAUCUUGGGAUUGCAGGGGCCUGUAUGCUUGCGGAGGGCAGCCUACAAGCACAAAGUAAGACUCAGCGCUGAUGUGGGGAGGAGGGUGGUGCACAAGAUCUGGACUGGAUUCAGAUCCUGAAGUCAAACACAGCUCUUUAAUCAGAAGGGAACUGUAGUGAUACAAAAGUGCCUUCUUGAUAGGACUUGUAGUAGCUUAAAUGGCUUGUCCUGUUGUUCAGAAGCACCCCUGCACAUUUCUCCUCCCCAGGGAGGAUGCAGCAGAGCAGGCAGCAGGGCCUGUGCCUUCAGGCCAUUUCAUUUGAUGGGUUCUAUUCCUGGCCAUUUUCCAUGGAUGAAUGGACAGGAACCUUUUUUACCUUAGAUAAAAGAGCCAUUGUUGAGU